GGCGUGGUCUGGGCUUGGUGGCUGUGCUAUAUGGCGGUUCGGGGUUAGUUAACCGCGGAAGUGUGGAGCUUAGAUUUUAUCCGCGGGUUUCACCUUUCUGUAUACGCAGUCGGAUUGCUCUGUAAGCACUGCACCCUUUAAAGCUUUGCAAGUGUCCAUUUUGUGUGUUUUUCCGCGCUGAACGCAACGCAGUGGCUGUGAACUGCCUGUUUUUCCCCAGUCUACAGGAUCCAGGUGGGCGCGCCCGAGACCAGCAGGAUGCACUGAUACACUACAUGUCGCUCUCCUCUGCUGUGGACGCUCAUUGUGUGACGGCAACAAUGUGUCUGAAGAAGGAAUCUAAUGCUCAACAAGGUGCUCAGGUGCAUGGACUGAUCUGUUUAAUGGUCCAUGAUGCAUAAUGCAUCUGUUUAUAUGAAGGAGAAGCUCGUGCGUGGAAAUUUUGACAGGUUGUUUGUUGGUGGUCCAUAAAAUCAGCUUAUUUUAAAAAAAAAAAUGUUGGGCGGACUGAAGAUGGUUUCCAGUUCAGUUGCACAAUGUAACGUGUUGAUUUAGAAAUCAGCAGCACCUGAAAGUGACACUGACGAUGCAGGUUUGUUUUAUAAAAACUAUAUUUCUGCUUGUAACCCUUGUGGCUCUGGCAGACGGGGACGAUGUGCACAGUAAGGCAUCCGGUGCCAUGAGGUAUGUGAGGAGACAAGCCACAGGUCCACCUCACCGGACGUCCUCGCAGGAUGUCAGGAUGCAGUUGUUACCGAAGAACGGUAAUGAUACACGUUUCGGGCGAAGAUGCAAAAAUUUAAAGUCUGGAUGUUACUUUCUGUCACACAAGAUGGACAGGAGCACCCAUGCUGAAAAGGUGGUCUACAAUCAGUACAAGAUAUGGAGAAAGUUUAGUGAAAACGAGAGAAACCACAGGCACAGAAGAGGUGCAAAGGACCGCCUUAAGAAACUGUCAUGGGAAGUAAAGAAGGCAACUGGAGGUACUAAGAAGUCUGAAAAUGCUCUCGCUUCACCUUUAACCUGGUGGGAACCGAUGCCCAAGCCUUUGGCCCUCGCCUCCACAGACUUCCCUUUUGAUAUAACCAAACAUGUGGAGUUUUACACCCGGCGCAUGGCCCCAGAUAACCCAUGGGAUGCAACACCCAUGACCCCGCCAUACCCUGAAGACGAGGAAAAUGAGUAUUUCCCCAACCCAUUCUAUCCGGUCACGAGCGAAACGUACACAGCCUACGCCAUCACAUGUUUCUCCGCACUCAUUUUUGUGAUAGGGAUCAUUGGAAAUGUUGCAGUGAUGUGCAUUGUGUGCCAUAACUAUUACAUGAGGAGCAUCUCCAACGCCCUUUUAGCCAACCUGGCUGUGUGGGAUCUGGCAGUGUUGUUGCUGUGCAUGCCGCUUGUGGUGUUCCAUGAGCUGACUAAAACCUAUCUACUGGGCCACUACACCUGUAAAGUUAUCCCAUACAUCGAGAUUGCCUCACUGGGUGUGACCACCUUCACCAUUUGUGCCCUGUGCAUCGAUCGAUUCCGUGCCGCCACCAAUGUUCAGAUGUACUAUGAAACAAUUGAGACCUGUGCAUCUGCUGCUGCUAAGCUAGCUGUGAUCUGGGUCGGCGCAUUGCUCUUGGCACUCCCCGAACUCCUGAUCCGGCAGCUGGUGAAGGAAUCCGACACAGAGAAAGCAGAGCGGUGCCUGGAACGCAUCUCCCCCUCAUUGCCUGAGACUCUUUAUACACUUGGCCUGGCGUAUGAGAGUGCUAGGCUCUGGUGGUGCUUUGGGUGCUAUUUCUGCCUGCCUGCUCUGUUUACCAUCGGCAGUUCGUUAGCCACAGCACGUCGUAUGCGCCAGGCCGAGCGCGGAUGCCCACGAGCCAACAAGAAGCAGAUGCGCCUAGAGAGCCGCAUGAACUGUGUUGUUGUGGCACUUGCUGUGUUGUAUGCUGCCUGCGCGGUGCCCGACAACGUCGCAAACAUGGUGGCGGCCUACAUAGAACACCUAGAUAUCGUGGGUGUACUGCGCACACUCGGUCAGCUCUUACUCUUCCUGCGCACUGCGAUAACACCUGUCUUGCUGCUUUGCCUGUGCCCGCCGUUUGGUCACGCUUUCCUAGAGUGCUGCUGCUGUUGCACAAACAUGUGUGGUGCGGCAGCCUCCUCGGCGGUGGGCAGUGACGAUAACGAGCACGAAUGUACCACCGAGUUGGAGCUGUCUCCGUUUAGCACCAUCCGAAGGGAGAUGUCCAACUACACUGCGACAGGGUCUCACUCCUGAACCACCGGUGCCAAUGUAUGUGUCAGUGCCAACAAUACUAUAAAAUGUAGAGUGCAAGCACAUACUGUCUCACUUCUGUAAAUACUCUGACUACUGUCUUAUGAAGUAAUGUACAAAACGUAAUUACUUUUUUUUUGUAUUAUUAUUUGUAUUAGACUACGUUUUUAAAAACUAGCGACUCUUUGCAUAUUUUUUGCACUGCCAACCGCUUUAGCUUUCUUUCUAUGUCUCUGCAUCUUACUGCUAGUAAAAUUCUCAUGAUAUCUGUAUACGGCAACAUGUUCCAUGCCUUGACCUUUCUUUUAAUGAAGGUGAUUGUGUAACUCUGUCUUGAAUCGCGUAAAGCAGUACAUUCGAACA